AUGGCUGAAGCAAGCUACCCCAACAGUCCUGGUUCCCUGCAAAGAGAAACCGGGGCUGACCUGGAAGCCCAGAGCAGUGACAGUCACGGUGCCACCCUCGGUGCCACAGAUGGAAAUGCAGGUCGCAAUCUGAAGGAGUGGCUGAGAGAGCAGUUCUGCGACCACCCCCUUGAGCACUGCGAAGACACGAGGCUGCACGAUGCUGCCUAUGUCGGGGACCUGGACACGCUCCGGAGCUUGCUGCAGGAGGAGAGCUUCCAAAGCCGAAUCAACGAGAAGUCCGUGUGGUGCUGCGGCUGGCUGCCCUGCACCCCGCUGCGCAUCGCUGCCACCGCCGGCCAUGGCAACUGCGUGGAUUUCCUCCUCCAGAAAGGGGCGGAGAUUGAUCUGGUGGAUGUGAAGGGGCAGACAGCCCUCUACGUGGCCGUGGUGAACGGGCAUCUGGAGUGCGCCCAAAUCUUGCUGGAAGCUGGCGCAGACCCCAACGGGAGCCGUCACCAUCGCAGCACCCCUGUGUACCACACCUCCCGCGUGGGCAGGGCCGACAUCCUGAGAGAGCUAAUAAGGUAUGGCGCUGAUGUGGACGUCAACCACCACUUGCCCUCGCGGGUCCCCAGCCCCUCCUCUCGCCCGCUCACUUCCUUGGUGGUCUGCCCUCUGUACAUCAGCGCUGCCUAUCACAACCUCCAGUGCUUCAAGCUGCUGCUCCAUGCCGGAGCCAACCCCGAUUUUAACUGCUGCGGCCCCGUCAACAUCCAGGGCUUCUCCAGGGGCUCCCCGGUCUGCGUGAUGGAUGCUGUCUUGAGACAUGGCUGCGAGCCAGCCUUCGUCAACCUCUUGAUUGACUUUGGAGCCAACUUGAACCUGGUGAAGGCAGAAGUCCUGGGUGCCGAAUCGACUGGAAGAGUCAAAGUCAACCCAGAAGCCUUGCAGGUGUUCAAAGAUGCCAGGAGCUGCCCCAGGAGCUUAUUGUCUUUGUGCCGUGUGACCCUGCGGAGGAUACUUGGCAAAUACCAUCUGCAUCUGAUACAUACUCUUCCAGUCCCAGACCCUAUCAAACAAUUUUUACUUCACAAACAGAGCUAG